AUGCCCUGGUUCGAGUCCCAAUUUCCAGAAAUUGACGUGAGCAACGCGCUGCCUUCAGAAAAACACCACGAAUCGACUCUGCAAGGUACCGUGGUAGCCUUGUAUGCAGCAGGUGGUUUCUUGGGCGCCAUCGCCUGCAUUGGGCUAGGUGAUAUGCUUGGACGUCGACGAACUAUCAUACUCGCUUCAGUGACGCAAAUGAUAGGGGCAUUCCUCAUGGCUAGUUCUUUCCCCCUUUCUCAGUUGGUGGUGUCAAGGGUUAUCCUAGGUCUGGGCACUGGUGGCCAACUAGCCACUGUGCCUAUCUGGCAAUCGGAGAUAUCACCAGCUAGUAAGCGUGGUGCGCAUGUUGGGACCACAGGCAUCUUCGUCUCAAUGGGUCUUACCCUAGCAUUACUCGUCGACCUUGGGAUGUCUUAUGUCCCCAACAGCGCAAGCUGGCGUAUUCCAGUUGGACUGCCUAUCAUACUUUGCAUAGUUGUGAUUAUAUUUAUUUCUCAUAUGCCCGAGUCGCCUCGUUGGCUGGUCAAGCAGGGCCAAGUCUCUGCUGCUCGUGAGGUAUUGGCAGCCCUGAGAGACACGGAAAUGGACAGUGAGAUGGUCCAGAAGGAUAUAUUGGAUGUGGAAUCCUCGUUGGCUAUUGCUGGCGGUAAAGGGUCUUUGUGCCAAAUAUUCCAAAUGGGACAUCAAAGAAUCUGUCAUCGCGCGUCCAUUGCGACAGGAGGAUUGGUGCUGUUACAAUUGACUGGUGUCAACUCUAUCACGUUCUACACUACGACAAUUUUCCACACCCACCUGCACCUUAGCUCAACAACAUCAAUGAUUCUGGCGGUCAUCUACCAGCUCUCCGGUGUCUUUGGUGGCAUUCUCUGCGUGUUCACAAUAGAGGGAUUCGGUCGCCGCUUUCUAUUGUUGUCCAGUGCCAUGGCAAACACAGUCUCCAUGGCCCUCGUGGCUGCGCUUAGUUCCCAGUCGAAAAACAUCAUUGCCAUGCACGCAGCAGUGGUCUUUAUGUUCAUCUUUCACUUCAGCAUGGUCUUCGGUUUUGGUGGAGUGCCAUUUCUCUACGCAUCCGAAGUGGCACCUCUCAGUCUGCGUAGCACUAUCAACGGUAUCGGCUCCAGCAUAUAUUGGGCUCUGAGUGUUCUGAUCGCCGAGGUCACACCAAUCGCCUUCAAUGCCAUUGGAUGGGAAUAUUUUCUCAUCUUUGCCUGUCUGAAUUUUGCAAUGAUACCGGUUGUUUAUCUAUUUUUCCCGGAAACCGCAGGUCUCUCGUUGGAAGAUAUAGAUGAGGUAUUUAUCAUGUCCACGGGCUGGUCAGACCCUGUUCGUGUGGCCAAACAGGUGUCCAAGAGAUUAAAUGGUCGCCAACCCCAGGGAGAUCGUCCUUUGGAGAAUAAAGACAAAAGAGUACCGACGGUUUGA